UCAAUUGUUCAUUUAGGAUUAUCGAUUGUAACCUUUUCUCUCCAAUAGUAAAUUGUUAUUCCAAUGUGUUGAUUAAAUUGCUGUUCUGUCCACAUAAAGAUAAUCAUCUCGAACAUAAUCCAUUGAUCUUUUUUUCUGUUCUAUUCGAAAUCAAUAAGUGACCAGUUAACCUUUUCCAUGCAUUAGCUCAUUACCAUAAUUAUCUCUCUCUCUCUCUCCAUGAUACGCAUGGUACAGUAACUGUGGUUUCUUUUAAACAUCUUCAUCCUCAUCUUCAUCUUUUCUGUAUUUGGAUCAUAAUAAUUUCAUCUUCCAUUUAUUUUUCUCUUGUUAUUUUCUCUCUCUUUUUUUUCUCUAUUCAAUAUUUUCCACUGUUGUUGUUUACAAAUGGCCUCAAGCGAUGGUCCAAAUAAUUUCGCUAUUGUAAAUGCGAAAAAUGGUAAACACACUGCAACGAUUAUCUUUCUCCAUGGAUUAGGUGAUACUGGUCAGAGUUGGGCCGAUACCAUUGGAACGGUUCUCCCAUACUGUAAAUUAAUAUGUCCAACUGCCCCUUCCAUACCGAUAACCCUCAAUGGCGGUAUGAAGAUGACCUCUUGGUUUGAUCUGUUGGCUUUAAGCGCUGAUGGUCCGGAAGAUAUUGAAGGUAUUAAAAAGGCAAAUUCUCUGGUUGUUAAAUUAAUCGAAGAAGAGGAGAAAACUCAUGAAAUUCCAAGUAACAGAAUAAUUCUCGGCGGAUUUUCACAGGGAGGUGCACUUUCCCUUCACACAGCUUUACGCUAUUCUAAACCGUUAGCCGGAGUUAUCGCUCUAAGCUGCUGGCUACCUUUACACAAGGAAUAUCCUUCAGCUCUUAUUAAGGCCAAUAAAGAUGUACCCAUAUUACAAUGUCAUGGAGAUAUUGACCUGGUUGUCCCAAGAAUUUGGGGCAAUAAAACCGCUGAGAUUCUGAGGCCACUUCUAACGAACUAUCAUUUUAAAGUCUACCAAGGGUUGGCUCAUUCAUCUUCCAACGAGGAAUUGAAAGAUGCUUCAGCAUUCAUUUCGAAAUGGUUACCAGCUAAAUGAAUUAAAGGAGAAAUACUGACAAGUUGUGAUGCAAUCAAAGUGAUUUAUGGCCAUAGAAUAUCAACUUUUAUCAAUGUUACACUUAAAUUAAUUCGAGAAAAAAAAAUCAACAUCAACAAAUCCGAUUACUUAACCUACUUUUCAUCAAGCAAUAAUCAUCAACAUUUCCAUCAACAUCUUCAUCACUUUCACUUGUUAGUUUUACUUUCAUUCUUAUAUCAGUUCUAUGAUCAUUAUUAUUACGUAAAUUGUUGAUUAGAAUGAUGAUUAGAGAGAAGAAGAGAGAAAAAAAAAGACUAACGAUUAACUUAACCAAUUAUAUUUACAAUUGUGCAAAUCUAAUCAAAAUCAAGGGGAAAUCUCACCAAGCAAUUAGUUUAAUCAUCAUGGUAACUCAAAGCAAGAAGGAAAACUAAUCAAUGGAAAGAGAAACGUAAAUGUAUUGUUACUAUUAAUAUGAAUGGAGAAAAAAAAAAUAAAUUAGAAAAUUUUUUGUUCUCUA